AUGCGGCCGCGGCGCUUGCCAGGCGCCCGCGGCGAGCGGCGCCCUCAGCCGCCUCUGCGCCCUGUCCCCGUGCAGGUGGCCGCGGGCCGGCGCGACGCCUCCUUCCCCGAGGACACCGAGGCGGACCGGCCCGGCAGCGCGCGCGGCCGCCGCUACUACGCGCAGCUCUCYGAUGACGAGGACCUGCUGGCCGACGAGCCCUCGGGCGAUGGCAGUGGCGAGGACGGCAGCGGCGCCAGCUCGCUUGGCGGUCUGGAGCCCACAGUCUAUUUCCGGGCGCUGGUGAACUUCACCCACAGCAUUGACUACAGUGCCCGGCUGGAGGACGCCGCCUCUGAGGAGUUUCGGGAGGUGGCCGAGGCCGUGGUGGACACGCUGGAGUCCGAGUACUACAAGAUCCCCGGCGAGCAGGUGGUCAGCGUGGUCUUCAUCAAGGAGGUGGCCGGCUCCGUCUUUGUGGAGCUGGACGUGGGCUCGGAGGGCAACGGCGACGAGGAGCAGAUCCGCGAGGUGCUGCGCGCCGUGGUGGCCGCCGGCUCCAUCGCCUCCUACGUCACCUCCGAGGAGGGCUUCCAGUUCCGGCGGCUCGGCACCGUGACGCCGCAGCGGCGCGCUUGCAGCGCGCUGGAGUUCGCCUGCGGCAGCGGCGAGUGCGUGGAGGGCUCGUACCGCUGCGACCGCCGGCCCGACUGCCGCGACGCCUCGGACGAGGAGGGCUGUGGUGAGACUGGCACGUUCGCCGUCCCCUGCGCCUCGCGCGCGGCCACCAGCACGGCACGUGCGGCCACCAGCACAGCGCGGGUGGCCACUGUGCGCCCAGCGGCCACGGUGCUGGCGCCGGCACAGUCGCGGUGCCGCCCCGACGAGGCAGCGUGCGGCAACCGUCAGUGCGUGCCCCGCGACUACCUGUGCGACGGCGAGCGGGACUGCGCYGACGGCAGCGACGAGCUGGGCUGCGGGACCCCCACGCCCUGCGAGCCCAAUGAGUUCAAGUGCCGCAACGGGCACUGCGCCCUCAAGCUCUGGCGCUGCGACGGCGACGAUGACUGCGGCGAUGGCUCCGACGAGACCAACUGCCCCACCAAGGCGCCGGGGGACACGUGCGAGCCGGAGCAGUUCACAUGCGUGUCCAGCCGUAGCUGCAUCCCCGCAAGCUACCAGUGYGACGAGGAGCCCGACUGUCCCGACCGCUCCGACGAGGUCGGCUGCGUCCCCCCGCAGGUGGUGACGCCGCCGGUGGAGGCGGUGCAGGCGGUGCCAGGCCAGACCGUGCGCUUCACCUGCGUGGCCACCGGCGUCCCCACCCCCAUCAUCACCUGGCGCCUCAACUGGGGACACAUCCCCGCCAGCCGCAGGGUGUCCAUCGUGAGCGAGAAGGGCCAGGGCACGCUGACCAUCCGCGACGUGAAGGAGGCCGACCAGGGCGCCUACACGUGCGAGGCCAUCAACGCGCGCGGCAUGGUGUUCGGCAUCCCCGACGGCGUGCUCACCGUCACGCCGCCGCGCGGGCCCUGCCCCGCCGGCCACUUCCACCUGCCCGCGGCCGGGCGCUGCCUGCCCUGCUUCUGCUUCGGCGUCACCAGCGUGUGCCACGGCGCCGGCCAGCACCGCCGCCGCAUCGAGCUCCGCUUCGACCGCCCCGGCGACUUCAAGGGUGUGAACGUGACGGCGGGGCCGGCGGGCGCCCCGGCGCUGGCGGCGCCGCAGCUGCGCAUCGACACCGGCGCCGAGGAGUUCCAGCUGCUGGACCUGUCACGGCACUUCCCGGCUCGCGAGGCCGCCUGGGCGCUGCCGCAGCCCUUCCUGGGCAACAAGGUGGACGCCUACGGUGGCGUGCUGAGCUACACCGUGCGCUACCACCUGGGCCGUGGGCCGCCGGAGCCGACACAACGGCCCGACGUGGUGCUGCUGGGYGCCCGUGGCAAGCUGCUCUCCCGGCCCCGUGCCGAGCCUACCCGGCCUGGUGUCUUCAACCACCGCCGGGUGACCUUCACCGAGGACGAGUGGGAGGAYGAGGCGGGCGCCGCGGUGAGCCGGGAGCAGCUGCUGCUGGCGCUGCAGGACGUGCGGGGCCUGCUGGUGCGGGCCGUGUACGACGGGCGCCAGGCGAGCGCCGGCCUCAGCGCCGUGGCCAUGGAGGUCAGCGGCGCUGAGGACACGGGGCUGGGCCCGGCCGAGGCCGUGGAGCGGUGCCGCUGCCCAGCGGGCUACGCGGGGCUCUCCUGCGAGCGCUGCGCCGCCGGCUUCGAGCGCCUGCCCCACGGGCCCUACCUGGGCACCUGCUCGGGCUGCAGCUGCCACGGCCACGCCAGCGCCUGCGACCCCGUCUUCGGGCACUGCCUGAACUGCCAGCACAACACGGAGGGCCCGCGGUGCGAGAAGUGCCGCGCCGGCUACUUCGGCGAYGCCACGCUGGGCACGGCGGGCAGCUGCCGGCCCUGCCCCUGCCCCUACGCCGAGCCGGGGCGCCGCUUCUCCGAGUCCUGCUUCCUCGACACGGACGGGCAGGCCACGUGCGACGCCUGCGCCCCCGGCUACGCCGGCCGCCGCUGCGAGAGGUGUGCGCCUGGCUUCCAGGGUGAUCCCAUCCAACCGGGAGGGAAGUGCACCCCCAUCGGCCAGGAAAUCGUGAAAUGUGACGAGCGCGGGGGCCAGGACACUGAGGGUGGCACAUGCCGCUGCAAGCCCAACGUGACGGGCCGCUUGUGCGACGAGUGYGCGGCGGGCGCCUUCCACCUGAGCCACGCCAACCCCGACGGMUGCCUCAAGUGCUUCUGCAUGGGCGUCUCGCGGCAGUGCGCCAGCUCCUCCUGGCACCGCGACCAGGUGCGCGCCACGGCCGAGACGCCCUUCAGCCUGGCCAACCUGGGUGCCACGCAGACGGUGAGCGAGGGCGUGCGCUUCGCCGGCGCCACCGAGGUCGCCUUCUCCGACUUCCACACGCUGCCCCGUGAUGUCUACUUCUGGGUGCUGCCACCGAGCUUCACCGGCGACAAGGUGACGUCCUACGGCGGCGAGCUGCGCUACACGGUGAGCCACGCGGCGCCGGCAGGCGCGCGCCCGCUGCUGCGCCACCCCGACGUGCUGCUGCGAGGCAACGGCAUCACCCUGGAGCACUUCAGCGAGGCCAGCCCGCCGCCCGGCGUCCCCGCCACCGUGACCGUGCCCUUCCGCGAGCGCGCCUGGCGCCGGGCCGAUGGGCGCGAGGCCACGAGGGAGCAUCUCCUGAUGGCGCUGGCCGAYGUGGACUUGCUCAUGAUCCGUGCGUCCUACUCGGAGACCCCCUUGGAGAGCAGGCUCGCCGAUGUGCGCAUGGACGUGGCCGUGCCACACRCCACGGGGCUGCGGCGGGCGCUGGAGGUGGAGGACUGCGCCUGCCCCGACGGCUACCGCGGCCCCUCGUGCCAGGACUGCGCCGCCGGCUACACCCGCACCUCCGGCGGGCUCUACCUGGGCACCUGCGAGCGCUGCCAGUGCCACGGGCACGCGGACGAGUGCCACCCCGAGAGCGGUGUGUGCCAGGACUGCCGCCACAACACUGAGGGCRCCCAGUGCGACAAGUGCCAAGCGGGCUACUACGGUGACGCCACCCGUGGGACCCCCGGUGACUGCCAGCCCUGUCCCUGCCACGGACCGCCCUCCGCCACUCAGACCUGCUUUGCAGACACYGACGGGCAGCCCACGUGCAGCGCCUGCGCGCCGGGCUAUGCCGGGCGGCUCUGCGAGAGGUGCUCUCCGGGCUUCGUGGGGGACCCGCCGCGCGACCAGCCGUGCCGAGAGCCGGGCGAGCAGUGCCAGUGCGACCYGCGCGGCAGCCUCAGCAGGGCCUGCGAUGCCGACGGGCUGUGCCAAUGCAAGGCCAACGUCAAGGGCCCCCGUUGUGCCUCCUGCCGCCCCCACCACUUCCACCUGAGCGCCGACAACCCCGCRGGCUGCCUGCCCUGCUUCUGCAUGGGCAUCGUGCAGCAGUGCACCAGCUCCUCCUAUUCCCGCAUGCUGCUCAGCACCUCCUUCGCGCCCGGCGCCUUCCAGGACUUCGCCCUGGUCAACCGGCAGCACAGCAGCCGCGUGGAGACGGGUUUCAGCGUGGAGAUGGGUGCCGCGGGCCCCCAGCUCACGUACGGCCGCUUCGCCGAGCUGGGCCGCGAGUCCUACUACUGGCAGCUGCCGCCRCUCUACCAGGGGGACAAGGUGGGCUCCUACGGCGGGCGGCUGCGCUACACUUUGGCGUACACCCCCAGCGGACGUGGUGCCCCGCUGCCCGAUGCCGACGUCCAGAUCACGGGCAAUGACAUCACGCUGGUGGCCUACCAGCCCGAGCUGCCGCCGCGCACACCGCGCGCCUUCGAGAUCGUCUUCCACGAGCAAUACUGGAAACGCCCGGACGGGCAGCCGGCCACACGGGAGCAUCUCAUGAUGGCCCUGGCCGACCUGGAUGAGAUCCUCAUCCGUGCCACCUACUCCACCAACAUGGCCUCGUCCAGCAUCGCCGGCGUCAGCAUGGAGACCGCCGUGCCGGCCGCCCCCGGGCUGCCGCCGGCGCCGGAGGUCGAGGAGUGCCGGUGCCCACCGGGCUACCGCGGGCUCUCGUGCCAGGACUGCGCUCCUGGCUACACCCGCACCGGCGGCGGGCUCUACCUGGGCCACUGCGAGCUCUGCGAGUGCAACGGCCACUCGGACAGCUGCCACCCYGAGAGCGGCGCCUGCUCCAGCUGCCUGCACAACACGGCAGGUGAGUUCUGCGACCAGUGCUCGCCCGGCUUCUACGGGGACGCCACGGCCGGCACGCCGGAGGACUGCCAGCCCUGYGCCUGCCCGCUGCUCCAUCCUGAGAACCAGUUCUCACGGACGUGUGAGAGCCUGGGAGCUGGUGGCUACCGCUGCACCGCCUGUGAGCCUGGCUACACCGGGCAGUACUGCGAGCAGUGCGCGCCCGGCUACGUGGGAGACCCCAACGUGCGGGGACAGAGGUGCCUGCCCGUGGACUCGGCGCCCCUGGCCGUGCGCAUCCACCCGCCCAGGACCACGGUGGCCCAAGGCAGYGCGGUGACCCUGCAGUGCCAGGCCAGCGGGGACCCCCCUUUCUACUACUACUGGUCGCGGGAAGACGGGCGCCCGCUGCCCGGCGGCGCCCAGAGCCGUCGCGAAGGCGAGGAGUUGCACUUCGCCAACAUCCAGCCCUCCGAGGCCGGCGUCUACAUCUGCUCCUGCCGCAACCUGCAGCACAGCAACGCCAGCCGYGCCGAGGUCAUCGUCACUGAAAGCCCCAGCAAGCCCAUCACGGUGACAGUGGAGGAGAAGAGRGUGCAACGGGUGAAGCCUGGUGCCGAUGUCACCUUCAUCUGCACGGCCAAGAGCAAGUCGCCUGCCUACACUCUGGUGUGGACGCGCCAGAACCACGGCAAGCUGCCGAGCCGCGCCAUGGACUUCAACGGCAUCCUCACCAUCCGCAACGUGCAGCCCGAAGACGCCGGUGUCUACGUCUGCACCGGCUCCAACAUGCUCGACAUGGACGAGGGCACGGCCACACUCUACGUCCAAGCCCCUUCGAAGACUCAGAUGUUUUACGGACCCGUUGAGUUCAUGGAAGGCCACAGACCCAGCCCCACCGCCGCCCCCAGCGCCACCGUGGAGCCAGCACAGCUGAGCGUGGCACCGGGGCAGCCCGCCGAGUUCCGCUGCGUGGCCACGGGCAGCCCGGCGCCCACCAUCGAGUGGCUCGGUGGCGCGGGCGGCGCGCUGCCGCCGGGCGCCGUGGUGCAGGGCGGCAUCCUGCGCUUCCCGGCCGCCCAGCCCGCCGACGAGGCGCACUACGUUUGCCGCGCGCGCAGCAGCGCCGGGCAGCACGUGGCRCGCGCCUUCCUCCGCGUGCAAGGUGCCGAGGCGCCCCAGGUGCAGGUGAGCCCCGAGCGCACCGAGGUGCAGGAGGGCUCCACGGUGCGGCUCUACUGCCGCGUCUCCGGCUCGCCCGACGCCACCAUCUCCUGGGAGAAGCAGGGGGGUGAUCUGCCCCCGCAGGCGCGCUCGGAGCGCACCGACAUCGCCACCCUCGUGAUCCCCUCCAUCACGGCGGCCGAUGGCGGCGUCUACCUCUGCGUCGGCACCAGUGCCUCCGGCACGGCCCGGGCCCGGAUCGAGGUGGUGGUGGCGCCAGGUGCUGUGCCGCCCGUCCGYGUGGAGUCCCCGUCACCCUCCAUYGCCGAGGGACAGACCCUGGACCUGGACUGCGUG